AUGGAUGUGUUGCAGGAGGGUAUCACCAUUGCGGACUGCUCCAUGCCCGACAUGCCCCUCAUCUACGCCAACGCGGGGUUCGUGCGGACCACGGGUUACAGCGUGGAGUACGUGAUUGGCAAGAACUGCAGGUUCCUGCAAGGCGAGGGUACGGACGGCCAGCCGGUGCAGGAACUUAAGGAGGCUAUCAAGCAGGGCCGGGCGUGUGUCGUACAGCUUCUCAACUACAAGAAGAACGGCGACCCGUUCGUGAACUAUUUGUCCCUGACGCCCAUCUACGACACCGCCACGGGCCGUCUGACGCACUACGUGGGGGUGCAGUCGGACAUCACGGAGCUGGUCAACCACAAGAAGGCGGAGCUGGCGGCGAAACACGCGGCACUGCAGGUGCGAGCUGGGUAG